AUGCAGCGGCGGCGGGCGCAGACGUGGGCGGGGGUGGGGAAGACGGCGCAGGCGGCGGCGGCGCACGCCGCGCUCUUCUGCUUCACGCUCCUCCUCGCGCUCAGGGUCGACGGCCGCACCGACUCCUCCUGGUGGAUUAUAUUCAUCCCGCUAUGGCUAUUUCAUGGAGUGGCUGCCCGUGGAAGGUUUUCAAUGCCGGCCCCUUCAUUACCUCAUGGGCGUCAUUGGGCUCCUUGUCAUUCUGUUGUUGCAGCACCAUUGCUAAUCGCCUUCGAGCUGCUUCUUUGCAUAUAUCUUGAAAGUUUAAGAGUUAAGAAUCAUCCAGCUGUUGACAUGAAGAUCGUGUUCCUUCCUCUGCUGACUUUUGAAGUGAUUAUUCUUGUUGACAAUUUUAGAAUGUGUAAAGCUCUAAUGCCAGGGGAUGAAGAAAGCAUGAGCGACGAAGCUAUUUGGGAGACGCUUCCUCAUUUCUGGGUCGCAAUCUCUAUGGUGUUUCUUAUAGCUGCGACAACCUUCACGCUUCUCAAGUUAUCUGGUGAUGUUGGUGCCUUGGGAUGGUGGGAUUUAUUUAUAAAUUAUGGGAUCGCAGAGUGUUUUGCUUUUCUUGUUUGUACAAGAUGGUUUAAUCCCAUGAUUCAUAGGCCUCCUACUCAUGGGGAGGCUAGCUCAUCAUCAUCAGCUAUUAGAUAUCGUGAUUGGGAGAGUGGUCUUGUCCUCCCAUCACUAGAAGACCAUGAACAAGAGAGGAUUUGUGGUCUUCCAGACAUAGGAGGUCAUCUCAUGAAAAUACCGCUGGUGGUUUUCCAAGUUUUGCUUUGUAUGCGGUUGGAGGUACAUGCCAUUCAAAUCAUAUAUUACGUAGGAAAUAUAGUUGAUAUUAACGGGUCAUAUCUACUAUUAGAUGCUGGGCAGAUGAAAAACUGCCAGGGUACACCACCUAGCGCUCGCUACAUUCCAAUAUUUGCUCUUUUCUCCCCACUAUUUAUUCUACAAGGAGCUGGUGUCCUUUUCUCGAUAGGAAGAUUGGUGGAGAAAGUUGUUUUGCUAUUGCGUAAUGGACCAGUUAGUCCGAAUUACCUUACAGUAUCAUCAAAAGUCCGUGACUGUUUCGCUUUUCUUCAUCACGGGUCAAGGCUUCUUGGUUGGUGGUCUAUUGAUGAAGGGAGCAAGGAAGAGCAAGCUCGGCUGUUUUAUACUGAAUCUAACGGGUACAAUACAUUCUCUGGUUACCCACCUGAGGUAGUAAAGAAAAUGCCCAAGAAGGAUUUAGCAGAAGAGGUUUGGAGACUCCAGGCAGCGUUGGGAGAGCAAUCUGAAAUCACCAAGUCUACCCAGCAGGAAUAUGAAAGGCUUCAAAAUGAGAAGGUACUUUGUAGGAUUUGCUACGAGGGAGAAAUAUGCAUGGUCAUACUUCCCUGCCGGCACAGAACGUUAUGCAAGUCAUGUGCUGAGAAGUGCAAAAGAUGUCCAAUCUGCCGUAACCCCAUCGAGGAGCGCAUGGCUGUAUAUGAUGUUUAA